ACUUUACGCCGGGGAAGCGCUGUGGAAGCAGUGGGAAGUCGCUCCACGCCGUCGCUAUAUUUUUGAUUGUUUUAUAACUUGUGCUUUUAUCCCUCAUUGAUCAGCCGUCCGUCUUUGUGGAUGUAUUUUUUUAGGGUGAAAGACGCGUCGCUGCGGUGCUGUUUUUAAACUUCAGAAACUGUUAGCGUAGUUGUCGCGUGCAUCAUCAUCCUGGUCGUGUUUUGUUUUUGCUGUUUCCUCACCGCUUGGACCACCGAGGGACUAUUUUCUAUCUUUAUUUUGAAUUUGCACUUUUUACAUUGAGACUUUUCCUGGAACUUAUCAGCUGCGGUGUAAACUCGUGUCCUGCGUGUUUAUUUCAUUCAAACUGAGGCGUUCUGUGUGACUUUACGUCUGUGCUGAGCGGGUCCGGGGAGAAGGCGCACUCCUGUUGCUCCGGUGAAGCAGACACACACACACACACACGGGUCCGGUCCAGGGGCCGCGUGAUCCCGGUGACGCCGCGCACACUUGGCCCGCGCAGGGGUACACGUCCCACUCGCGGCCGGGGGAUUUUGCUGGAACUUUUGUCUCGUUUUCAGUUUUUUGUCAGGGAGCAGCGUUGACUAAAACAGACUCAAAAUGCCACAGUUAUCAGGCGGAGGAGGAGACCCGGAGCUGUGCGCCACGGACGAGAUGAUCCCGUUCAAAGAUGAAGGGGACCCGCAUAAGGAGCAGAUCUUCGCAGAGCUCAGUCACUCGGAGGAGGAAGGAGACCUGGCAGACAUCAAGUCCUCCCUGGUGAACGAGUCAGAGAGCAGCCCCAGCAGUAACGAUGCAGCUAGACAGUCCCAAAUACCACAAGAUUCAUAUCAUGAAAAACACAGAGACCAUCCGGAUGAUGCAAAACAUCAAGAUCUGUAUGGUAAAGGCCAUCCAUACCCAAGUUACCCAGGUUACAUCAUGAUGAGUAACAUGGGCAACGAUUACAUGAACAAUGGCUCCCUUUCGCCGCCCAUGCCCAGAACGUCCAACAAAGUCCCAGUGGUGCAGCCGUCCCAUGCAGUCCACCCACUCACACCACUGAUCACUUACAGCGAUGAGCACUUCGCACCAGGCCCCCAUUCUGGUCAUCAUCAAGACAACAACAAAGGAAUGCCCAGGCAUCACCCAGGACCAGACAUGCCUAACUUCUACUCCCUGUCUCCUGGAGGAGUGGGUCAGAUCACGCCUCCUCUGGGCUGGUUUUCUCACCACAUGGUUCCCGGUCCCCCUGGUCCUCAAGCCACAGGGAUCCCACACCCGGCCAUUGUCAACCCACAGAUUAAACACGAACCGCCCCACGAAACGGACCUCAUGCACAUGAAAUCCCAGCAUGACCAGAGAAAGGAGCAGGAGCCCAAAAGACCGCACAUCAAGAAGCCGCUAAACGCCUUCAUGCUAUACAUGAAAGAAAUGCGCGCCAACGUGGUCGCCGAGUGCACGCUAAAAGAAAGCGCGGCCAUCAAUCAGAUCUUGGGACGGAGGUGGCAUGCUUUAUCUCGGGAAGAGCAAGCUAAAUAUUAUGAGUUAGCCCGCAAGGAACGACAGCUCCACAUGCAACUGUAUCCAGGCUGGUCUGCUCGAGACAACUAUGGGAAGAAGAAGAAGCGGAAGAGGGAGAAGAUGCAGGAAACAGCCACGGGUACAGGCCAGAGAAUGAAAACGGCGUACAUCUGAGAAUAUGGAGGAAAGCGGAACAAUUUCUCCACAUGCAAAGCGAAGGCAGCAGCUCCGGGCCCUCUGCUAGAGAUGGAGGCCUGCUAGAUUCCAUGAAGACCUGAACAGUCCAAUCUGAACCUCCACUUCUCAGAGGACCCCCCCCCCUUCUCCCUUCCCCUCUCCUCUGCCCCCUGAACUUAACCCCGCUUCACCCCGCCACAUGCUGACCACCACCGCUGAGAACUCCUCACUGUCUCACUGUACUCCUAGAGACACUGAACUGAAUAAGACAAUCAUGAUUACUCACUCACUAAACAGUAAACUUCAUCUUUCAAAUCAGCUUUACCGCAAUCCAAGGCACUGCACUGAAAUCCAGCUGCCACUUUUGAUGUGUGCACCAAACCUUGCCCUCUCACUCCUGUUUCUAAGUUAUUGUAAGUUAUUUGUCGCCUGGUUUGCUUUGUAUAGUUCAUUAUUCCAACAUUUGCCCCCUUGAAGUCACCUUCCCUCUCUCUCACUGGAUUUUUGAGACCAUUUGGGGUUUAUGCCCAAACCGACCAAACACCUCUUUUUAGACUGCACUAAGGAAGAUGGAGGGAUCUCAUCUUGUCCAACAAACGUCCUAAAGGCGCCAUUUUUGUUCAUGACCAGUUGGUGCAAAAAGGAUUUUGAUUUGCUCUUCAUUUUAGACCGAAUUUUAUUUUGAAUGCUUUUUUUGUACCUUGAAUUCUCGUUUCAGUUUCUUGGUGUACAUUUUAGUGAUAUUUUUAAUAUUGUUUUUUUAUAUAUAUUGUGGUAUAUAUGAAAAUAAGCUUUGGACACAGGAAAGCCAUUUUUCUUGUUGAAGCAUCUUGCAGAAAAUUGAAAGGCUUCUUUUGAUAACUAUUUGUAACAAAUAGUGACCUCGAGUCUUGCUCAGAUGUAAAAUAAUGCUCAGUAUGUGUACUUUUUAAAACUGUCAGGAUAUGUCACUUUUCUUGGUAUUUUUGCAGGCAACAUUAGGACAAAGGCGAGAGUGAUUGCUCAGAGGCCUAUAUUUUAUUGUUGGAAAUCAUGACAAAUGAAGCAGAUAUAUAUAUUUACCCCAGCACUUGGCAGUCUUUUCUUUUAUUGCAAUGGACCUUUUGUCUUUUUCUCUGGUAGCUAAUAGUGUGGUCUUUUGCCAUGUUGUUUAUUCCAUUCAAGCAUCUCUGUAACAUUUUGAUUUAAUGUUCUAUUUUACUAUUACUUGACCAAUUCCUUUUUAAUUGUCAUCUUUUUGGGUCACUGUCAUCUUGGUAUAGCAUUCGCUUCCCAAAUGGUCAUAUUUGAACUGUUUCAACAUGUUUUUGUUGUUUUUUAAAGAAAAUAAAAAAUGCACACUUG